ACCCGAUCCGGUCCGAAGAGAGCAAAUAAGGACUUCCCCACCAGCCGGAUCCCAGAGCAAGCCACCUGCACUUGGUACUUCAUCUUCAUCAUCAUCACCAUCACGUGUCUCAGGGCAACAGACGGUUUCUUAACUCUACACGCGCCACCGCAGCAGCAGCGAAGAACCUCCACACCACCGUAUGCCGCUCGUUCUGUAACCACGCUCCUCAGGUUUCUCAAGAGCAGGUGUUGAAUCAACAGUGUGGUUCUACUUGGGGAAGGCAGGAGGCUGGUAAUAAAGCAUACUUGCUCUUCCAACAGCAGAACAGAGCGCGUGAAGUAUGUUACGAGAGUGUAAAAUGUGGUAACGGUCUCCAAUCUGCAUGCCCUUGAGCAAGAUUUUUGCUUUGAUUUUUUGAUGGAUGCACCAAAUGGAUCCCAAGAUACUGAGCAAACCCUUGAUUCACAAGUCAAAGCGUUCUUUGAUUCUGCUCCACCUCUCCAGAAUAGGAAUGACAUCAUUCAGAAAUUGAAUCACUUCAUUCAGCUGAAUUCUUUAUCUUCAGAAAAUGGGAUAGGUAAGAGAAUUGUUUGUGUGACUUCUGGUGGCACCACUGCUCCAUUGGAGCAGCGGUGCGUUCGCUAUGUUGACAACUUUAGUUCAGGUCAUAGGGGAGCCACAUCCACUGAGUAUUUUCUGAAGGCGGGAUAUGCUGUGAUCUUCUUGUACCGGAGAGGAAGUUUUCAGCCAUUCUGUAGAUCCCUUCCUGAUGAUCCCUUACUUGAAUGCUUUGAGGCCACCGAAGGAUUAAACAUUCAAGUCUGUGAGGCUUAUUCUAAAGCAGUGAAGACCGCUAUCGUGGAUCAUCAUGCUGCAGUGGAUAGUGGUCUCCUGUUAAAGCUUCCUUUCAGCACUAUAUUUGAGUAUCUUCAGAUGCUGCAAAUAAUUUCAAAGCCAAUGAAGGAUAUUGGCCCACGUGCAAUGUUCUAUCUUGCUGCUGCGGUAUCUGACUUUUAUGUUCCUUGGAAGGACAUGGUAGAACAUAAAAUUCAAUCUGGAUCUCACAUCUUGGAUGUGAAACUUGUUCCUGUGCCAAAGAUGCUAUCAGUGCUUAGGAAAGAUUGGGCACCCCUUGCUUUUUGCAUAUCUUUCAAGUUAGAGACAGAUUCAAACAUUCUUCUAAAUAAGGCGCGGGGUGCUCUCGAGAAGUACAAUAUGCAUGCUGUUGUUGCGAACGAGCUCUCCACGCGCAAGGAGCAAGUGGUGGUUGUCACCAUUGACGACAAGAUUACGGUUCAACGAGAUAAGAGUAAGGCUGAUGAUGAUGUAGAGAAUCCCCUCAUUAAGCUUCUUUCUCAGAGACAUUCAGCUUACAUUGAGGAUUCGAAGAGAAUGAGGUGAAUCACUUUUUGAGUCUGAUCUUUUCGACUUCUUCUCCAUGUUGCAAUUGAGCAAUUCCAUGGCAAGACAACUCUCGUUGUAUGUAAUAAAACCAUGAAUAAAUGAAAAGAAGGAUUACACAAUAUAGAUAUAUUGAGAUUGUGGUUUUAGUAAAUAAAGGAAGAGAAAAUAGAAAUAAAGGGUGUUAAAAAGGAGAUAGUUUCAAUAGGAGAAAUAAGAAGUUUAAAUUUUAAUGUACUGUAUCAAGGUUACAAAUUUUCUACUUUUUUUUGAAUAUUUAACCAUUAACAUGUUUUGGAUAUGCAA